CUUGUCCAUCGCACUGUUCUUACGUAUCGAAAGACUGGAUUUUGCGGUGGAAUAGAUGCGGCAGAUGUUAUGUUGUUUGGGGUUAUGUGAUGCGCAAGGAAUAUGUAGCAUUAUUGCGUUUAGAUAAAUGAAAAGUUUGUGCAAGAAUUUUCCCCGUAGACAUUUAAACAUAUGAAAAUCGGUGUUCAACAUUGUGAAUAUAUACAAGAUUUCCCAACCUCCAGCUUCUGGAGUAUGCAAGGAAUUACAUAAUAAUUCUGUGACGUAUAGUAUUUGUUUUAGAACAAACACCAAACAUGAUCAUACGAACAUUGUAGAUGGUAAUAGAACAAACAGUGGUUAAAUACAAGCUGAUUUGUGAUAGUCAACAAUUUAAAUUCUAGUAGUACUUUGUGUAGAAGAAGAAACCUGAAAUUCAUUGUACACAAUCGGACACUUGUAAGUAAGAGACCAAGUUCAGUGUUCGGAAAUGGCUGGGGCACUAAGCCUAGAGAAUGGUUUCAACCUGAGCGGAGAUUCCCCAGACGAACCAAUCGAAAAUGGCACGAAUCUGUUUGCGCCUGAUUCAGGGGCAGAUAUGGACAUUCCUAUGAUAACUAGCAAGACUGCACUGAUAAGUCCAAACAAUGAGGAGUAUGAGUACAUUCUCGAGACAAUCAAGGAACGAGUGGAAGAAGGUCAGGGUGAGACGAUAUACGAGCUCGGAACUGGUGAGUGUGACACACCAGGACUGAAACUUGAGGAUAUGGAGGCCUCAAUUGCGACUCUUAAAAGCAUCUCAGAGACGCUGAACUAUGAGAUUACUAAGUUACGAGAACGCCAUGAGAAGGAGGGCCUUGUCACGGAAUUCUUACUCAGGAAAACACUUGAUCUACAAGAUUUCAUGGAGAUAAGAGUUGCUGUUGUAGGCAACGUAGACGCAGGCAAGAGCACACUGCUGGGAGUUCUUACCCACGGGGACCUUGACAAUGGGCGUGGUCUCGCCCGCAUGAAGCUGUUCAGACACAAACACGAGAUGGAGUCCGGGCGAACAAGCAGCGUUGGUAACGACAUCCUGGGCUUUGACUUGCAGGGAAAGGUCGUCAACAAGUCCGAGCACGGGCAUUUAGACUGGGUGAAGAUUUGUGAGCAAGCAGCAAAGGUGAUAACCUUCAUAGAUCUGGCUGGCCAUGAGAAGUAUCUAAAGACAACAGUGUUUGGAAUGACUGGCCACGUGCCAGACUUUGCGAUGUUGAUGAUUGGUGCAAAUAUGGGCAUAGUUGGUAUGACAAAAGAACACCUGGGGUUGGCACUAGCAUUACAGGUUCCAGUGUUUGUUGUGGUUACAAAGAUAGACAUGUGUCCUGCUAAUGUCUUAGAAGACACGCUGAAGUUACUGCAGCGAAUCUUGAAAUCUCCGGGUUGUCGUAAGAUGCCUGUCCUUGUGCAAAAUGCAGAUGAUGUCGUGUGCUCAGCCACUAACUUCUCCUCUGAAAGAAUGUGCCCAAUAUUCCAAGUGUCCAACGUCACAGGGCAGAACAUUGACUUAUUAAAAAUGUUCCUGAAUCUGCUCUCGACACGCGUAAAGUGCAACCUGGGUAGCCCGCCAGAGUUUCAGAUCGACGACACGUUCUCGGUACCUGGCGUGGGGACGGUGGUGUCUGGUACCCUGCUCCAGGGCCUUGUCAAACUCAACGACACACUGCUGCUGGGCCCAGACCCCCUGGGCCAGUUCCAGCCAAUGGUCAUCAAGAGUAUCCACCGUAAGAGGAUGCCUGUGAAAGAGGUCCGUGGAGGGCAGACAGCCUCAUUCUCGCUGAAAAAGGUGAAAAGAUCAGCAAUACGCAAGGGUAUGGUGAUGGUAUCUCCACGUCUCAACCCACAGGCCUGCUGGGAGUUUGACAGCGAGAUACUUGUGUUACAUCAUCCCACCACCAUCAGUGUGAAAUACCAAGCCAUGGUGCAUGUUGGAAGCGUGCGGCAAACAGCGACUAUCAUAACAAUGACCAGCGAACAUUUACGCACGGGCGACAAGGCGCAGGUGAGGUUCCGUUUCAUCAAGAACCCAGAGUACCUGAGGUCAAACAUGCGGAUGGUAUUCCGUGAAGGACGAACAAAGGCCAUAGGGACAAUUACAAAACUGUACCCGCAGGUGAGGGCUGUGGCCCAGAACACUCGACAGCAGCGGGCGCAGAAGAAGGCCCAGGAGCAGGGGCAUCCAGGGGGCGCGGCACAGGAGCCUCAGAAACCCAGCAAGAAACGGCGAGGGACUGGGAAGGGAGGAAACAGGGAAGGGGAGCCGGAAGAUAUGAACGGGAGCCAUGAGGAGGCGGGGUCUUCGUAACAAAUGGGAGGGUUGGUGGGGGUCCAAUGGGUGGGAUU